AGCUAAAGUUAGCUAGAUAAGUGGCUACUCAAACGGUAGCAGGUAGCAGCUAGCGGGCUAGCUUGCUUCUUUGCUGUCAUGACCGGGGCUCCUCGAGAUUUCACAGCGUAAACGAGAAUACCUAGCAACUUGCUUGUUAGCUUUUAUUCGUUCGGCUAAAUUUGUGGCCCCGCCGAGACGCUGGCAGAGCGGAGAUUUUUUUGCUUUCCUGUGGCUACCGGUGCUUCUUCAGCCGGCUGAAGAUAGCUCGUUUUACACACCCUGGACUUCCCAGUGAGAUGAGAGAGAGCAGCAUUGCCAAAGCAUUUAAAUAAGACAUCUUAACCCGGCUGACAAGGAGUGUCAACCUUUCUGUUUGCCAAAAAUAAGCAUCCGAUAAGACUGGAGAAAUGCUGACUGACAGCAGGAAAAGGCACCAUAGCUGCGACAGCGAGGAAGACCAACAGCUGAGGCCUCAGGCCAAGAGGUCAGGAGGGGGUCCCUCAUUGCUUGUAUCAGAUUUGGACUCAGAGUCUUCCAGCAGUGACAGCAGCAAUGGGAUCAGCAGUCCAGAGAGAGCAAUAGUGGCCACCACCAGACCAUGCAUACACAGCCAAAACAGCUGCAGGACCCAGGACCCCGUCAGCCCAAAGCCCGAAGUCUCUGCCAGCUCCUUGCAGCACGGUUUCCAUGGUGACGAAAGAAGUGUCUCAUAUGACUACAUCAACAGAGUCCUGAGGGAGGCGCACUUCAGCAGUCUGCAGACCAGAGGACGACCAGGGUCGACAUGACCGUGACCUCCGGCCCUCGCCCGACCUUGCCUCCUGACCAUUUUGUCCCUCACCCAUCAGUGUCAACACUGCUGGCAUGAUCGUGCCUCCCAGAAAGCCUCAAUAACACCAUGGGGUCAGGUGUAAGGCGAUGAUGUGUAGGGAAUAGGGUUGCAACAGUAUGAGAUUUUCACUGUCUCUGAAAAUAUCAUGGUAUUACAAAGUUCUUAUCAUUAUUAUUAUUAAUAACAAUUUUUUUAUUGAUUGAAAUGUACGUGGCAUGAUAACUUUCAGUUGUCGUACUAUCGCACAGGACAUAUUAUGAAAACAGCAUACAGCUGCAACCCCACUGGGGAGGUUUAUGGAUCCUGGGCUCAUCCCCACCUCGACAUGUACCAUUUGUCAAGAUCAUAAGCACAUCCGCCUUUCCAUGGCCCAGCCACUGUGGUUUUCUGUGCAGUAUCGAUGUGUACGUGUGGAUUUGUGUGUAUGUGUGUGUGUAUGCAUGCACCCCGUGCACUUUAUGAAGAGGUCUCCUUCUCUUUACAUGCGUGCGUCGAUGCGUGGACAUUUUCAUUGGUGCUAAUCACAAGAAAAGUGUGAUGAUGAUGAUGAUGAUCCAAAGUGCUUGCAGAACUAAAUAAAGCUAAGCACUUUACUCUGUAAGUCUUUCUGUUUACUCUUGACUGGGACAGUCGGUCGCUUGUUUCCAUCAGAGAAGUGGGAGUUAUUGUGAUCCCAUAUGGAGAAGGCCAAUGGAUUCACUCCUAAGGAGCACGAUCAAUACAAUCCAUUAAAGAAUAUUUUAGGCUUUAUUUGUUUUCUAACCAAAGCUAUAAAGUUAGAGCAUGCUACUUUUUGCAGUCACUGGCUAAAUGAAUCUAAAAUGUCUAGGUGUGGUUGGGCAGUGGGUUUAAGAGGAUGGAACAGAGAUCCUCAUAGACUUUUUGGCUGAAAUCCAACCUUAGAUUAAACCCUGGCUAAUUAUAGGUCCAUAAGAAGGCACUGUGGAAAGUGCAGGUCAGGCAGCACUCCGCUCGGCACAGCGCUUCUAACAAAAGCAGACUCUUUAAAAUAAUUUAGAACCCAGUGUUUACUUGUUCCACAUUUUCCACAUUGUGUAUCUGUGUGUCAUAAGCCGGUCAGCCAUACUUGUUUAUGGGUGGUUUAAUAUGACCAGUACACUGUGUUUGGAAUAAAAUGAAAUGUAAAAGUGAUUCAUAUGUAAUUUCCCUGAAUCAUUUGAAAUAAAGUGUUGCCAAAAGUGAUGU